AUGGUUUCCGGUGAUUAUCCCAAAGAAUACAAUCCAGCAAUGCAUAGACCAUAUGACCCGGCUCGUUAUUAUAGAAAGGCUGACACUCCCUUCAGUCAGUUGAAGAUUAGCGAGAUUGGUUCCUGGUUUGGGCGUAGAAACAAGACCCCAGCGGCUGUAGCUGGUGCUUGCAGCCGAGCUUUCUGGAGAUGGCAACACAAGUACGUGCAACUUAAGAGAGUGGGCAUGGCGCCAUUCUUCCAGUUUGCGGUUGGAUCAGUGGCGUUCUUCUAUGCUAUCAAUUAUGGCAAGAUGAAGCACCACAGGAACUACAAGUACCACUAA